AUGUCGAGACAUCGCAUGAAAACUGUGAGCUACGACGACGAUGACUACGAAGACGACGAUGGUUACUUCUCUCCCGACCCGGAAGAGAAGGAACUCACCGAGCAAUUUACCGCAGAGGUGCUUGGCCAGCUGCGUGCGGGGGAGCCUUCCGUGACAGCGACGCGAGAAGAGGUCCAGGAAUCGUUGUGGCAUUACUAUAACGAUGUGGAAAAAACCGUGAAUUACCUGCGAAGCAAGAGGGAGAAAGAAAUAAAAAAGCAGCAGAGUGCUGCGGCGGCGGCGAAGCCGAAAGGGAAUACUGCUCGGAAAUGUUCUAACAGGGUUUCUUCAGUGCCGGCGUAUCCCAUUCCUCCAUCGGCGAUGCCAUCGCAGACUGCGCAUUUCUCGGCGGCUGAGUUCUUUCGUGAUUCUCCGUGGCUUAACGUGCCUGAACACCGGAAGGCCGAUAUCCUUGUUGAACCUCUUUAUCCUCGACUUGGUCUGUUGGGUGGAGCCCCUGAAGCUGGAGGGAAGAUGUCUAAAUUGGCUGCUUUGGCCGCUGCGCGGAAGAAGAAAGAGGAAGAGAAAGCUUCAGCUGCAGUGCCAGCCACACCCGCCGGGAAGGUCGAUCAGGUUGACCAGCCGCCGACUGAGCAAAAGGGGAGCACAUUGUCGCUACGUGAAAGGCUGGCUAGCAAUGGGAAAGCACAGAAGCCCGGGGAGGCUGCACCGUCUCCUCGUGGUCAUGGUAAAAGUACUCGACUUGGGGCGCCGCUCCAGAAGAAGCCAUCGCCCGAACCAAGCAAGCCCUUGGCCAAGGCCGAACCGGAAAAAGAAGUUGCCAAAAAGGAAAAGGAACCUGAAGAGCCAAAAGCCAACAUCCGUGCACCGCCAUCUACAUUUGCUAGUAUCAUUGUCGGCGAUGCCACACGACCGAUGACUGAGCCUAGCCACCUGCGAUCUAAUACCGUGGAGUUAAUGCAAAUCUAUGGACAAGACCUUACUGAACCUUUUGACUUUGCAGGCCCGAGUCCAGACGAUGUUGUCAUCAAUGCGCAAAGCUCAGCUAAAGGCUUCAAGUCGAAACAGCCUGCUUCAAAAUCAGCAGGUACUAAAAAGAACCAGGCUGAUCUGGCUGGUGGCAUGAAUAAUCUGAGCGUUGAGGAGAAGGUGAAUGUCAAGAGCAAGAACCUUGAUGUUCUGUCUGAAUACGAGAAGUCGACACGGAAAAAUGCCGCAAAUUUCGUGGUUAUUGGCCAUGUUGAUGCAGGAAAGAGUACACUCAUGGGGCGCUUACUGGCAGACUUGAAGGCCAUUGAUCAGCGCACGCUGGAUAAGUAUCGUCGGGAAGCGGAGAAGAUUGGAAAGGGAUCAUUUGCUCUUGCUUGGGUGUUGGAUCAGGGCUCUGAGGAGAGGGCUCGCGGUGUCACUAUUGAUAUUGCGACCAACAAGUUUGAGACGGAAAAGACUGCUUUCACCAUCGUCGACGCUCCUGGACAUAGGGAUUUUGUGCCUAAUAUGAUUGCAGGAGCUAGUCAGGCGGAUUUUGCGGUUCUAGUUAUCGACUCAGGCGUUGGAAACUUUGAGUCUGGUUUGAAGGGCCAGACUAAGGAGCACGCUUUGUUGGUGCGAAGCAUGGGUGUUCAAAAGAUUAUUGUGGCCGUGAAUAAGAUGGACUCGGUGCAGUGGGAUAAAGAAAGAUUCGAUGAGAUCGAACAGCAAGUUUCAUCUUUUUUGAUAGCUGCUGGAUUCCAAGAGAAGAACAUCUCAUUCAUCCCCUGCUCGGGCAUCCGUGGAGACAACAUCACCAGACGAAGUGAAGAUCCUAAUGUUUCAUGGUACACGGGUCGUACCCUGAUUGAGGAGCUGGAGACAUCCGAACGUUACACCUACGCGCUUAACAAGCCGUUGCGGAUGACGAUAGCGGACGUUUUCCGGGGAAGUGUGCAGAACCCUCUGUCAAUUUCUGGUCGGAUAGAUGCCGGCAGUCUGCAGGUUGGAGAUCAAAUACUCACGAUGCCUAGUGGAGAGAAGGCGACUAUUCGAAGCCUGGAAGUGGACGGGGAACCGAGCGAUUGGGCCGUGGCAGGGCAAAACGUGGUCCUCAAUCUUGCCAACAUCGAUCCCAUUCACCUUCGAUCAGGCGACGUGAUCUGCCGUGCCUCAGCUCCCAUCCAGAAUGUCACCUCAUUCACCACCAAGGUGCUUGCGUUUGACCACCUGAUGCCUGGAAUGGUCGACAUUCACCGAGGUCGUCUCCAUGUUCCUGGACGGAUAAACAAGCUAGUAGCCACGCUGGACAAGGGAUCUGGUGCAACCAUUAAGAAGAAGCCCAAGAUUGUCGGACCUGGGGUAGUGGCACGAAUUGUGGUCGAGAUGGAUCACGCCGUGCCUCUCGAGGCGCCUACGAGGAUCGUUCUCCGCGCUGGUGGUGACACUGUCGCAGCCGGGUUACUGGAAUAG